AUGUCUGCAUUACCAGAGACAUCUCUAAUCUGCAAGAACUUAAAAAGUGCCACUUCUGAACCAGACAUAGUCGAUGAACUUAUAACUAGCGAAGUUAACAAGAAAUUCUUAAUUGGCCCUUAUACAGAACCCCCUUUUGAUAUAUACAGGAUUAACCCAAUUGGAAUAGCGACAGGGAAGUACUCUGACAAGAAACGUCUAAUCGUGGACCUUUCUGCCCCCCAUGACUCCGAAGGUAACAGCAUCAACGAAUUAAUUGCUAAAGAGGAAUACUCAUUGUCGUACAUUAGUGUUGAUGACGCCAUAAAUCAAAUCCAGCAUACAGGAAGACACUCCAAGCUGUGUAAACUUGACAUAACAGAUGCCUUUAAACUUAUACCUGUUUCUCCAAAACUCUGGCCUUUCUACGGUAUAUGCUGGAAACAACAGUACUAUUUUUAUACCAAACUCACUUUUGGGUGUCGUUCCAGUCCUAAGAUCUUUGACCUUUUAUCAACCGCUCUCUGUUGGAUUUUAUCAACUAACUAUCAGAUAGAAUACAUAAUUCACUACCUGGAUGACUUUCUUACAAUCGACAGACCAAAUGUGGUAGCUGAACGAACAAUGGCAAUUUUGUCCAAGGUUUUUACAGCACUCAAUAUUCCAGUGUCUCCUCACAAAACAUUGGGUCCAUCUGAGAGUUUAGAGUUUCUAGGAAUCACUCUGGACACUAGUAACAUGGAAGCACGCCUGCCGGCAAAUAAAGUGCAGAGAAUAACUCAAACAAUCAAAUCUUUCUGUAAACGCAAAAAGGUCACAAAGCGCGAACUAUUAAGCCUUUUGGGACAUAUGAACUUUGCUAGUCGGGUGAUCAUUCAAGGACGCUCGUUUAUAUCUUAUCUCUUAAAUCUUGCCGCCUCAGUCAAACAGUUGCAUCAUCAUGUACAACUUACUGGGGCCUGUCAGCAGGACUUAUUUAUGUGGUAUACUUUCACAGAUCAAUGGAACGGAAAUUCAGUCUUCCUGCAGGAGACGACAACAUUAGCUCACGAUAUAAAUCUCUACACAGAUGCAGCCGGAGGAAUUGGAUUUGGUGCUUUUUAUGACGGUCAGUGGUUCCACGGUCACUGGCCACAUCAAAUAUCCUUGAACAGUUCUGAAAUGUCAAUUGCUUUCAUGGAAUUAUAUCCUAUCGUACUGGCCUGUAUGAUAUGGGGACACAAGUGGUCAGGUCUCAGAAUUAGACUACACUGUGACAAUCAAGCAACUGUUGAUAUCAUCAGGAAAGGGCGUUCUAAAUGCGCUUAUAUCAUGCCAUUUAUGCGACGUUUAACUUGGUGUACCUUUAUCCACAACUUCGUUCUCACAGCCGUGCAUAUUCCUGGAAAACAGAAUAAUAUUGCUGAUGCCUUAUCUCGUUUCCAGAUGGACCGGUUCCACGACUUGGCACCAGCAGCAAAGAAGAGCCAAAAUCCCAUUCCGGAUUACGACAAUGUGCCUCUAUACUAG